AUGGCGGAUACAGCACGGAGGCGCCGGUGCCAGGGAUACGCAAACUCCCGGCUGGCCUGCUCCCGGCGGCUAGUCCCCCCGUACGGUGUCGACGAUUGUGCCCGCCAUGAAAAUUACAGAACUUCUGCCGCUUUAGACCGGCCGAGCUUUUGCGAGGCUGAAGCUUCCAUGCGAUGGGGAGAUGCUCAUCCCCGCUCGCCUGUCCCGGACGUGUUGGCAGACAACAGAGAAUUCGUGGCAGCCGGGCAUGGCCAUUCCAACCGGUUACAGGACACCCCCGCCACAUGGAAUCUGCAUCCUUCCAGUCACUAUCGCUUUCGAGACUAUUCUCCUUCAUUCGAUAGAAGAACAACGCCGCCUUCCCGCACAACCUUUGAUGGAGAGGUUCGCCACGGCCAUGAGGUUUCCUCCUCUACUCCGGCGUAUCCGAUUUCUCGGGGAAUCGACCUGUAUCGACACCUACGGGAGACCCCGAAUUCGCCUCUGCGGCACCCAGCGCCUGGUGAAAAGGAUGAGGGUCUGCAGGCGGGACUGGAUGCGGCAUCCAAGCGUACUCAGGCCCCAGAGAGCGUCUAUGCAGCAGACUACGUGGAUCAUUUUGCAGCAGGGGCCGACACGGAAGACUCGUUGUCUGAAGAGCCGCCGUCUGUCCCAGCGCCCCAGCACUCUUAUCCGUCGACUCUUUCAGCCAUCCAGCCGUGCCGCAAUGCCCUCCGCCGGGGCCUCUUGCCUGUCUGCGAUCUGCCACACUGUCAUACGUGCUCACCGCACGCGGAGCGGGCGUGUCAUUGCGUUCACGCACCGGGCGUCGGCUCGUACCCCUGCUUGAGGGCGCCUUAUAGUUGCGCGGCAGCUCGUUCCUACGCGCCGCUGGAGAGAGAUGUGAGCUGCGGCUGCUUCUGCGGAGGCUCCUGCGCCUGCGACCGCUGCCAAAUGCAGCAGGGACUCCAGUCCUGCCGGCACACAUGCUUUCCGCCUCGCCGCGCAGCGCCCGCCCGCGAGUGGGCACCGACUCCGCUGGCUGGCAGUCCAAGCCGGCCCGCGUGUCCAGCAGCUGAAUGCUACGCCGACCCGGAGGAAGACCCCUGCGCGCUGCUGAGGAGGAGGCGCUCAAGCAGCGCCGGCGCGCAGGACUGGCGCUCGCAGAAGCUGGGCGCGGAGACCGCACGCAGCGGAGGGAGCGAGUCCGUGACGCCGUGCGCGUUGGGGCUUCCCAGCUUCGACCCGAAGGACUACAAGUAUCUCCCGCUGUGUGAGCUGCGGCUGGUGCCGCCGGCGGGGAUCCCCACGACAAAGUUCCGCCCGGUGACCCGCUUCUGA